AUGGGCUGGUUUUCAUCGUUCUCUUCACCCGCCGCACCCAAAACGGCGGACGGUGGCUCCAUAGCACCUGACCGCACCUCACGACAACAAUGCUACAUUGCCCGUGAUGCUUUCUUCGAAUGCCUGGACCAAAAUAACAUAGUCGAUGCCGUCCGGGAAGACAAAACCGCGCGGGCAAUAUGCCCGAAGGAAAUUCUCGAGUUUGAAGGCGCUUGCUCGAAGACUUGGGUGAAAUAUUUCAAAGAGAAGCGUGUUAUGGAAUAUAAGCGGGAUCAGACAAUUGCGAAGAUAAAAGCGGAUGACGCCGCGAUGGCUGCGGAGAGUAGGGCAGGGAGGUGA